AUGGGAGUUGAUGGUGAAACAGUGGUGCUGAAGAACAUGCUCAUUGGGGUCAACUUGAUCUUGCUGGGUUCUGUCCUGAAGCCCUCAGAGUGUCAGCUGGAAGUGACAACAGAAAGGGUCAGAAGACAGGCGGUGGAGGAGGAUGGGGGAUUUGUCAACUAUAGUGCAUCCAGCAAAGAGCACCCCAUGGUCUUCAACCAUGUAUAUAACAUCAAUGUGCCCCUGGACAGCCUGUGUUCCUCUGGUCUGGAGGCUUCAGCAGAGCAGGAAGUGAGUGCAGAAGAUGAGAGGAUGACAGAAUACAUGGACCAUACCUCGGACAGAGAGAGCCAGGUCACCUUCACCCACAGGAUCAACCUUCCCAAACAGGCCUGCAAAUGUUCCUCCUCUGCCCAGGUCAUGCAGGAACUACUGAGCCGGAUUGAAAUGCUGGAGAGGGAAGUGUCUGUGCUUCGAGAUCAAUGCACCUCCAACUGCUGCCAGGAAAAUGCAGCCACAGGUCAACUGGAUUAUAUCCCACACUGCAGUGGCCAUGGAAAUUUCAGCCUGGAGUCCUGUGGUUGCAUCUGCAAUGAAGGCUGGUUUGGGAAGAAUUGUUCAGAGCCCUAUUGCCCUAUGGGCUGCUCCAGCCGCGGUGUGUGUGUGGAAGGCCAGUGCGUGUGUGACAGUGACUAUAGUGGCGAUGACUGCUCAGAGCUCCGUUGCCCGACAGACUGCAGCUCCCGAGGACUCUGUGUGGAUGGCGAGUGUGUCUGUGAAGAGGCUUACACAGGAGAAGACUGCAGUGAGCUGAGGUGUCCCGGGGACUGCUCAGGGAAGGGGAGAUGCUCCAAUGGCACCUGUUUCUGCCAGGAGGGCUACGUUGGGGAAGACUGUGGCCAGCGCCAGUGCCUGAAUGCCUGCAGUGGGCGAGGGCACUGCCAGGAUGGGCUCUGCUUCUGUGAGGAAGGGUACCAGGGUCCUGACUGCUCAGCAGUUGCCCCUCCCGAGGACCUGCGUGUAGCCGCAAUCAGCGACAGGUCCAUUGAGCUGGAAUGGGACGGGCCGAUGGCAGUGACAGAAUAUGUGAUCUCUUACCAGCCAACGGUCCUGGGAGGUCUUCAGCUCCAGCAACGGGUGCCUGGGGAUUGGAGCGCCAUCACCAUCAAGGAGCUGGAGCCAGGACUUACCUACAACAUCAGUGUCUUUGCCGUCAUUAGCGACACCCUCAGUCUCCCUGCCAUUGCCAAGGUGGCCACUCAUCUCUCCACCCCUCAAGGGCUGCAAUUCAAGACUAUCACAGAGACUACCGUGGAGGUGCAGUGGGAACCCUUCUCUUUCUCCUUCGAUGGGUGGGAGAUCAGCUUCAUCCCAAAGAACAACGAAGGGGGAGUGAUUGCCCAGCUCCCUAGUGAUGUCACAUCCUUCAACCAGACAGGGCUAAAGCCAGGGGAGGAAUACAUCGUUAAUGUGGUGGCUCUCAAAGAUCAAGCACGGAGUCCCCCAACAUCAGCCAGCAUCUCAACUCUCAUUGAUGGACCCACACAGAUCUUAGUUCGAGAUGUCUCAGACACCGUGGCCUUCGUGGAAUGGACCCCACCUCGAGCCAAAGUUGAUUUCAUUCUCCUGAAAUACGGGCUAGUGGAUGGAGAGGGCGGUAGGACCACCUUCAGGUUGCAGCCUCCUCUGAGUCAGUAUUCUGUGCAAGCCUUAAGACCCGGCUCCCACUACGAAGUCUCUGUCAGUGCCAUUCGAGGGACCAAUGAAAGUACUUCCACCAUCACUCACUUCAUAACAGAAAUCGAUGCCCCCAAGAACUUACGGGUGGGCUCCCGUUCAGCAACCAGCCUCGACCUCGAAUGGGACAACAGUGAAGCUGAGGUUCAGGAGUACAAGGUGGUAUACAGCACCUUGGCAGGGGAGCAGUACCAUGAGCUGAUGGCUCUUAAGAACUCCGGCCCUACCACCAGAGCCACCCUCACCAAUCUCGUGCCAGGGACAGAAUAUGGUGUUGGGAUAUCAGCGAUCAUGGGCAGUCAACAGAGUGUACCAGCCACCAUAAAUGCCAGGACUGAUCUGGACAGUCCCCGUGACCUCAUGGUGACAGCCUCCUCCGAGACCUCCAUCUCCCUCAUCUGGACCAAGGCCAGUGGUCCCAUUGACCAUUACAGAAUCACCUUCACGCCUGCAUCUGGAAUGUCCUCAGAGAUCACUGUGCCCAAAGACAGGACCUCAUACACACUUACAGACCUGGAGCCUGGUACUGAAUACAUCAUAUCAGUUACUGCAGAGAGGGGAAGGCAACAGAGCUUGGAAUCCACAGUGGACGCCUUCACAGGUUUCCGUCCCAUCACCCAUCUGCACUUCUCUCAUGUCACUUCCUCCAGUGUAAACAUCACCUGGAGUGAUCCAUCCCCGCCAGCUGAUAGGCUCCUGCUGAAUUACAAUCCACGAGAUAAGGAGGAAGAGGCUUUGGAAGUCUCAUUGGAUGCUACCAAAAGGCAUGCCAUUCUGAUGGGUCUACAACCAGCCACUGAGUACAUUGUAAACCUGGUGGCUGUUCAUGGGAUGGUGACCUCUGAGCCAAUUGUGGGCUCCAUCACCACAGGGAUCGAUCCUCCUAAAGAAAUAGUAAUAAGUAAUGUUACCAAGGACUCUGUGACUGUCUCCUGGAGCCCUCCCAUUGCAUCUUUUGACUACUACCGAGUAUCCUAUCGACCCACACAAGUGGGGAGACUGGACAGCUCAGUGGUGCCCAACACAGUCAACGAAUUCACCGUCACCAACCUGUAUCCAGCUACAGAAUACGAAAUCAGCCUGAACAGUGUUCGAGGCCGAGAGGAGAGUGAGCGCAUCUGCACACUUGUACAUACAGCCAUGGACAAUCCCAUAGAUCUGGUUGCCACCAACAUCACCCCAACAGAAGCUCUGCUACAGUGGAAAUCACCUGUGGGUGAAGUGGAGAACUACGUCCUUGUACUAACACACUUCACAGUUGCCGGGGAAACAAUCCUAGUGGAUGGAAUCAAUGAAGAGUACCAGCUUGUGGACCUGCUUCCUAAUACUCACUACACAAUCACCAUGUAUGCCACCAAUGGACCUCUGACCAGCAGUACCAUCAACACCAACUUCACCACCCUUCUGGAUCCCCCCACAAACCUGACUGCCAGUGAGGUCACCAGACAGAGUGCCCUAAUUUCCUGGCAGCCUCCUAUGGCAGACAUUGAGAACUACAUCUUGACCUAUAAAUCCAACGAUGGAAGCCGGAAGGAGUUGAUUGUGGAUGCAGAUGACACUUGGAUCCGUCUGGAGGGACUUUCUGAGAACUCUGAAUAUACAGUGCUCUUGCAGUCAGCCCAGGAUGCUAUUCACAGUGUGAUCACCUCUGCUAGCUUCACCACAGGGGGUCGGGUGUUCCCUCAUCCUCAGGACUGUGCCCAGCAUUUGAUAAAUGGAGACACCCUCAGUGGGGUUUACACCAUCUCCAUCAAUGGGGACCUGAGCCAGAAGGUCCAGGUGUACUGCGAUAUGACAACUGACGGGGGCGGCUGGAUUGUGUUCCAGAGACGGCAGAAUGGCCUGACAGAUUUUUUCCGGAAAUGGACAGAUUAUCGUGUUGGUUUUGGAAACUUAGAGGAUGAGUUUUGGCUGGGGCUGGAUAACAUUCACAAGAUCACUUCCCAAGGGCGAUAUGAGUUGCGGAUAGACAUGCGAGACGGCCAAGAAGCAGCUUACGCCUAUUAUGACAAGUUCUCUAUUGGGGACAGCAGAAGCCUCUACAAGCUCCGCAUAGGAGACUACAAUGGCACUGCUGGGGAUUCCCUUACUUAUCACCAAGGGCGACCCUUCUCCACUGAGGACAGGGACAAUGAUGUUGCUGUUACCAAUUGUGCCAUGUCCUACAAGGGAGCGUGGUGGUAUAAGAACUGCCACCGAACCAACCUAAAUGGAAAGUAUGGGGAGUCCAGGCACAGUCAGGGAAUCAACUGGUAUCAUUGGAAAGGCCACGAGUUCUCCAUCCCCUUUGUGGAAAUGAAGAUGCGGCCUUACAACCACCCACCUGUGGUUGGAAGGAAACGACGGUCCCUACACUUGUGA